AUUACAUAACAAUUGAAGUAUGGUCACAAAGCAGAACAAGCAACACAAAACACACACAAGACCUGAAACAACUUCAGUUAAGAAAAGAAAAAAGAAAACAAAUCAUGUCGGACAAGUGCGGAAGCUGCGAUUGUGCUGACAAGACCCAGUGCGUGAAGAAGGGAACCAGCUACACAUUCGACAUCGUCGAGACUCAGGAGAGCUACAAGGAAGCCAUGUUCAUGGACGUUGGUGCAGAAGAGAACGGUUGCCAAUGCAAGUGUGGCUCUACCUGCAGUUGCGUCAACUGCACUUGCAACUAGAAUCAAAAUGUAAUAUGAAUAAAUGUUGAUGUGAGCUCAUCUAGUAAGCUCAUAUCUUUCUUUUUUUUUUUCUUUUUUGUUCACUAAGCUCAUAUCUUUCUUAUGACUCUGUAUUAUGGUUUAUGGUGUGUGAUGUAAUCGGUUUAUGGCCCCUUAUAAUCUAAUACUCCCUCCGUUUCAUAA